AAAGAAUUCUGACAGGUCAUUAAUGUUCUAUAUACGCCAUUAUUGGUAGGCGAAAUCUCAAAUACGAUAGGCUGAGGAAAGGGUAGUGAUUCGAUUAUUUAAAAAGGUAGAACACAUCCUGUUAAAAUGAAUUGCAGUAUACCGGUGUGUGCUGACGUAGAUAUACAACCUUUUAUGCCGAUUCCAUCUCCGAAUGACGGAUUUAGUGCUAGACUUGACGAUGAGCAAGAAUGUCUCCUAACACAGGUCUUAAAUGUGGGAGACAAACUUAUAGUGGUUGAUAAUGAAAAUAAAAGACUUAAAAGAUUUAAGAUCCGCUCCCGGACUCUUGUGGACCAGCUUCUUUUGGAUGACCCUUGUGGUGCAUCUGUACUUCCUCUUUCAAGUCACGUGAUAGUGACAGAACCAGAAUUUAGAAUUUUGUCUUUCAUAAGCAUGGAUGGAGUGAUGGCGUUAAGUUCGCGACGGAAGACGGAAAAGAAAUAUCAGCCAAUUUGUUGUUUGGAUGAAGAAAGACUUGUAGUGGGAUGUUGCGAGUUAAGAGAAAGUUCUGUGGACAUUCUCAAUUAUAUGGGAGUAGUUUUGAUAACCGUCAGUUCUUGUUUGAAUAAUUCUGUAGUAUUUCGGACACCGGCUAGUCUGACUUAUUUAGCGGGUGAUUGUAUCAUCGUAUCAGACUCAGGACUAUGUAAAGUGGUGGGAAUCGGACUGAAGGGACAGCUAAAGUUUGUUUAUGAUCCCAAAUGUAUACCAAGUGGAAUAUCAGCCGACAAGGACCGCAAUGUGUUCCUGUGUUGUUACGACAAGAAAACUAUCCAGUGCCUAAAAUAUGAAAGCAACCGGUUAUAUUCGACGUGUUCAGACUUUACUGUAAAAUGCCCACUGUCAGUGACGUCAGCCAAGAACAGUCUUUAUGUAACAGAGGAGAUGCCAAACGAUAAAGUUUCAAUAAUAAAGGUCACAGAUGAAGAAAAGGCAAUAGAAGAUGAAGAAAACCCAGUAAAUUUAUCGAAUAUACAUCUGACGGUUCUAAAACAUGAUGAUGACCUCAUAGAAUGACAAACACUACAUUUUCCAACAAAUGUUAUUAAAUAUAGACCGCAUUGUCCCGUUUUUCCUGUAAGGAUGCAGAAUAAUUCAGUAAGAAAAUAUUAGUCAAUUGAAAAUUAACUUUUAAAAAAUAUGAUAUAAGGGAAAAAUUGCUUUUUAUGAAAACAUAAAGAAAUAGACAAGAAACACGUUUUCUUCCAUUUUUAUAUUCAAAACAUGCUGAUUAUUUACAGUUUACGAGAUUAUACAUACACAAUAUCACGGACCAAUGAUUUACAAUGUAC